AUGAAAAUCUCCGCUCGAUUUGACGGGUCGAUAUACGGCGCGAUACGAUCCCAACGCCAAGUGUCGCGAGCUGUAUUGGCCGCCGCCGCCGCCGCCACCACCGAAUAUGCCACAGUCAAGCUCCAAUUCGGCCUCAAGCCGGCUGCAUCAGCCCUCACCGGCGGCGCUGGCAUCCGGGCGUCCCGCCCGAAGCCCGGGGCAGGCGCGCCACGCUUCCAUGCACAGCUCUCCCGCUCGCCAUACUCAACAAUAGCCAGUCGGGGCGGUCGGCGGCCUCUAUAUCCCAGCUGCUUCGCCUCAGGUCCGCCAUGCCAGCGCAACUGGAACCACACAAGCUCAGUUCCGGCCAAGCUUCCCAGCUUUUCCGGCCUGCCAGCCUCCCGGGGGAGGUCCCGCAAGCAACUGCUCCGCUUUGUCGACCACUAUGACGGCGUGACCGUCGAGGAGCAGUUGGAGCUACUUCGGGAUCCCUACAUGCGACGAUACGCUCGUCCCAAUGUUCCAGAGCUCGUCGUAUCCGACCAACCCCACCACAUGGCUGCGCCGCUACCUGACGAAGUGCAGAGAUCCACGCCUGAGGACCGGGCGAUAGUUGCGAGACUACGCACCACUGUCUUCAGCAGACUUCUUCGUCCAUACAGUGCUUAUGAUAACGACAAUAUAUACGACCUCUACCGCGCACUGCCAGAGCCUCGAGUGACCUUCUUGUCUGCGAGCCUGAGGCAUGCCUUUCUCGCGGUCCUGGGUGCCACCGAACGCAAGAAUCCCAAGGCCAUGCUGCGAUACUUUGCUGUCGUCGCCGAUAUCAAGAAAGCGGGUCUCUCCUUGACAUCCGUAGAAUGGAAUACGGCCAUGUCAUUCGCCAGCAGAUACGUAGGCAAAUCUUCCGAGGCUGAGGCCGAGGCCGCCUUGCACAUUUGGCGCGAGAUGGAACAUGAUGCCGGCAUCCAUGGCGAUGAGGUCACCUUCAACAUUCUCUUCGAUGUGGCUUCCAAAUCCGGCAAGUUUGCUCUAGCCGAGAUGGUUUACCAGGAGAUGAUCACGCGCGGCUACCAGUUCAAUCGAUACCACCAUGUCAGUCUCAUCCACUACUUCGGCCUGAAGAUGGAUGCCAGCGGAGUCAGGGCGGCCUACAAGGAAAUGGUCGAUCACGGCGAAAUCAUUGACACGGUUGUCCUGAACUGUGUCAUUUCCAGUUUCUUGAGAUGUGGCGACGAAGCUGCCGCCGAGCACGUCUAUUCGAAGAUGAAAGACGUGGAUGGGAGAUCAAAGCUCAUCCCUCACCGGAAUUAUACAUUCAACAAGAUGGUCAGCAAGGUGCUCAUGAUGUUCGCCCGCGUGGCUAAGACGCGCCCAGAAAUGCGCCGGGUCCUCCAAAGCACUGGUAUGGUUUCACCAGAUCUGGUCACCUACCGCAUUCUCCUAAAUCACUAUGGCGUACGUCUUGGUCAGAUGGGCAAGGUCGCGCAGUUUCUCGACGAAAUGAAGUGGUUCAGAGUCCCGGUACACGGCGCCAUCUUCCUUGCACUUUUCAAGGGAUUUGCACGUCAUGGAGGCGGUGGGAACGCCUCGGAUUGGUCCACCAACAGGCUCGAGAGCAUAUGGGAGGCGUUCCUCAGUGCAUAUGAUGGCGGUGCCGACGGCUUAUACAUCAGCACGUGGAUGGCCAUGUGGAUCUUGCGCGCCUUCGCCAAGUGCACCCGAUCUAGGACCCGUGUCCUAGCUGUAUACGACGAUCUCAAGCAGAGGUGGGAGCCCGACAGCCACAACGACACUUUCAUGUUGGAUUUCUUACACAAGCUGCUCGUUAAGAAUGGCUUGUCUGUAAAAUAG